AUGGCAAAACGAGAAGUAGGAGAUAAUUUAAACAGGGAUACAGAUCUAAGGAAAGAAAGACAUCAAGAAGGUCCAUCAUGCAUCAGACAAUCAAUACAUCCGGACAAAUUACCAGAAGAAGAGAAGAAAGAAGUGAAAUUCCAUUGGGCUUGGGACUAUUUUACUUUAAAAGGCGAUGUAUGGGCAAUAUGCAAUAUAUGUAAAAGAAUUUUUUAUUCCAAAACCGUAUCUAAUUUAACACAACACUUAAAAAGAAUUCACAAGAUAUUUGGUCCAAGUCCAGAUAGCGCAAUAAAUAACGAAAGCAGUUUACAAAGCGAUGCAAACAGGGAUAUAUCUCUAAAAAAAGAAAAACAUCUAGAAAGUCCAUCUAACUCAUCAAACUUAUCUAAUUAUCAAUUACAGGAAUGUACAGAAGAAACAGGAACACUUAAUGAUGAUGCAUCAGACAAUGUAAUCCCAGUUCGUUGCUGGAUACGUGGACAUUACACAAAAACGAAUAUUAAUGAAGCAACAUGCAACCACUGUAAUGAUCAAUAUCUUAUAGAUAUUCGGCACUUAAAUAUUUUAUAUGUGCAUUUGAGAGAAAUACAUCCGGACAAAUUAACAGAAAAAGAGAAGAAAGAAGUGAAAUUCCAUUGGGUUUGGGACUAUUUUACUUUAAAAGACGAUGUAAGGGCAACAUGCAAUAUAUGUAAAAAAAUUAUGUAUUGCGAAAAUAUAUCUAACUUAACACGACACUUAAAAAUUCUUCACAAGAUAUUUGGUCCAAGUCCAGAUAGCGCAAUAAAUAACGAAAGCAGUUUAUAAAGCGAUGCAAACAGGGAUAUAUAUCUAAAAAAAGGAAAACAUUAAGCAGGUCCAUCUAAAUCAUUAAAUCAUCUUAUCUAAUUAUCAAUUACAUGAAUGUACAGAAGAAACAGGAACACGUAAUGAGAUGCAGCAGACAAUUUGAUCUCUUUCGCUGAAUACGUGGACAUUACACCAAAUUAACAAGAUGUAAUAAAGCAAUGCAGUGAAUGUAAUGAGAAAUUUUUUAUAUGUACCUAUUAGUCCCUUAAAUACUUUACAAACUCUUGGCAGAUGCACAUCCAGAUAAUGUAACAGGAGGAGAGAAAGAAGAAGUUGUAUUUCAUUGGGUUUAGGACUAUUUUACAGUAAAAAGUGGGACAGAGACAACGUGCAAAUAAAUUAAUAA